CAUACUUCAGGCUGUCCAAGGAAGCCAGCAAGCCCUGCGGGGCUCAGAGCUGGACUUCUGCAUUGAUGAGGUUGCCCCUACCCGGAGUUCACAGCCACCUGUGAGCUGGCCUCUUUCUUGCCCUGUCUCACGUCAGUCACUGGAGGAUGAGGCGGGAGGCUCCAGGGCGGGUGAGGACAGGCUUCUGAGCUCCGAAUGUCCCCACCAUGCAGCCUCCCAGCCAAUUCCAGCUUAUGUCUCCAUGCCAGGUGCCCUGACUCUAAGCACCCCUCUUUACUCAGGCCCAGAGAAAUGGGGGGGAUCCUGCCAGCAGAACCUCCAGUCCCCCAUCAACAUUGUCACCACCAAGGCAAAGGUGAACAGCAACUUGGGACUAUUCGAAUUCCAUGGUUACGACCUGAAGAAAACAUGGCCGGUGACAAACAAUGGGCACUCUGUGAUGGUGUCACUGAACAGCCAGGUCUUCAUUGAAGGAGGAGGGCUGGAUGCCGAGUACCAAGCCACGCAGCUGCACCUGCACUGGUCCUCGGGGUAUAACAAUGGCUCUGAGCACAGCGUGGAUGGGAAGCACUUUGCCAUGGAGAUGCACGUGGUCCACCAGAAACAGACCUCAAGGAGUGAGGCCUCAGGCUCGGAUGAUACAGCGGUGCUGGCCUUCCUGGUGGAGGAGGGACCCACAGUGAAUGAGGGCUUCGAUCCCCUGGUGAAUGUUCUGUCUAAUGUUUCCACCCCUGGCACCAAUGCCACAGUGAACCUGAGCCUGUGGGACCUGCUUCCCCCGGAGGACAAGCUCGGGCACUAUUUUCGCUACUUUGGCUCUCUCACCACGCCAGAGUGCUCGGAGAAUGUGGUCUGGACUGUGUUCCAGCAGCACAUUAGCCUCCACAGAAACCAGAUCCUGGCGUUUUCCACGAAGCUGUUCUAUGAUGAUCAUCAGCAACACAACAUGACUGACAACGUCAGGCCCCUGCAGAGCCUGGGGGACCGCGAGGUAUACACAUCUGGGGCGUCGGGACGGCUGCUGCCUUUAUCCCUGCCCACUCUGCUGGUCCCCACAUUCUCCUGCCUGAUGGUUGCUGGCCUCCUCUUCCAAUGAUCGGCUUGUUAACACACGGCUGACCUCUGAUAUCAGAGGGCAUGGCCCUCUGUUCCAGAAGCUUCCUGCAUUGAACUUCAGGGAAUGAUUAAAAUAUGGAUUUAUUUUUGGAGAAAGCUCAA